AAAGAACCAUAAUGAGAGAGAGAGAGAGAGAGAGAGAGAGAGAGAGAGUGAUGGAGAUGCUGGUUUCACACGGGCUUUGCCGUGGAAGUGUAGUGCCUGAAGCAUAUGUAUUUUCCGAGGAGCAGCGGCCGACGACUGUGAGCACAAAGAGAAGCAUCCCCAUCAUCGACCUUGAAGAAGGGAGUGAGGAUGAGGUUGUCAAAGAGAUCCUCAACGCCGCAAAAGAAUAUGGCGUCUUUAAGAUACACCUCCUCAGUAAUUUUUUGGGUAAUUAACCAUGGAAUUCCAGAGGAAUUGAUAGACGACGUGAUUAGUGUUGCUCAGGAAUUCUUUGAGAUGCCUGUUGAGGACAAAGCGCCCUACUACUCUGAAGAUCCAACGAAAGACACUAGACUUUUUACAGGCCAAGGUUUUAGAAAAGAAAAUAUUCAUUUCUGGAGGGACUGCCUCAUUAUGUCUGCCUACCCCGUGGAGAAAUAUGAGCAUCAGUUUCCAGAGAAACCUGAUAACUUGAAGAGGAUCAUGGGCAAGUUUGUGCCAGAGGGAAGAAAGUUGGUGAGAAGACUUUUGGAGCUAAUCUCCAAAGGACUAGGACUGGAAGAGGAUUAUUUGACUGGUGAUAUCAGUGAAGGCUCUAUGAAGAUGGUUUUCAACUAUUACCCACCAUGUCCAGACCCUAGCUUAACGUUAGGGCUGCCCAAGCAUUGUGACAUCACUCUCAUCAACCUCCUCCUUCAAGGGAAUGUUAGCGGUCUCCAAGUCCUGCAUGAUGACAAUUGGAUCUCUGUUGAUCCUCUUCCUAAUUCCUUUGUCGUAAAUUUUGGACUUCUACUGGAGGUUAUAUCUAAUGGAUUACUAAAGGCUGUGGAGCACAGGGCUGUAACAAACAAGAAUGUGGCAAGGACAUCGAUCGCCAUGGCCAUCAGAUCAACUGAUGACUGCAUCAUUUGUCCUGCUGAGGUGCUGGUUAGCGAGGAACAUAAUCCUCCAGUUUACAGAUCCUUCAGGUUUCCUGACUUAUUUGAGGUCUUUUCCACCAAGAAUGCGGAUGAUAAAGAAAUCAUGAUGAAGGACUUUAGGAUCAAGAAUUAAUGAUAAAGAAAUGUACGUCUAAAGGAUUUUGUCAGAGUUUUAUGUGCUCUCUCUCACCUGUCAAUUUCCGUUUCUAUUACUUUGUGCUAUUUCAAUUUUGGGCUUUAUUCUACGGAAAUAAAAGGGGAUGUACAAGUUUGGUGUGGGCUUUUUUAUUCUGUAUAAAAAUUUUGAAUAUUUUCGCCUUAA